AUGCGGACAAUUUCCUUCAAUGGAGCUCACCGGAAAAACCAAUAAAAAUAAACCGAAACUGAAGAUCAUCAAUUUUGUAUUUUAUGAUAUUGCGUCAACUUUGCUGAUUGCAUGUGGAGCCAUUGUGGCCAUUUCAAGCUGUGAUGCUGCCAAAUCCACAACCGAGAGGACCCUGCUGGUGGUACAGGAAGCACCAGAGAAGGCUCAAGUGGCUGAUGGGAGUACCCAGAGGGUAUUGACUAAGCGAGGAGGAGUAAACUUUGGGGGUGUGCUGGGUGGUUGGAAUACAGCAGAUUGGCAAAAUGCCUGGACACAGCCGUGGAAUGCACAAUCCUUUGGCAGUCAAACAUUUGGAGCCAGCAUUUCACAACCGUGGUUUGGAUCACACAAGUACGUGCCAUCGCCGGCGGAAGUGACGGCAGCGAUUGCGGCGGCCAAACAGGCGUCAGCAAACGUGCUCGUGGCCCAGCAGCAAGUUCUCGCUGCUAAAGAGAACGUGCUAUCGCAGCAGAAAUUGGCAGCUGAGCGGGAAACGCAAGCAUCAAUUGCACAGCAAAAGAGUGAGGCUGCAGCAGCUAUUCAGCGUUCAGAGGCAGCUGCCGCGGCACAAGCUGUAAUCUUGGCACAGCAACGCUUAGCCAGUGCAAAAGCCGCCGUAGCACAUCAUCAGAAAAUUGCUGCCGCUAAAGAGGCUCAAGCGGCAUCGGCUCUUCAGAGUUCGGCACACGCAGCAGCAGCAGAGAUACAGCGAACAGAGCAUGAGGCAUCGAAAUUGUCCACUUAUCAGCGGAAUGACGCCGCCGCCGCCCUUCAUCACGUCACAGCCACAAAGGACGCAGCAGUGGCUCCCCUGACAAUCGGAAAUAAUCGCCUACCUACGGUGACCUUCACCCCAUACCACUACCCCGCGGCAUCGUGGAGCCCUGGCUUCGUGACCUCGGCCACACCCUCACUCGCGGCCUAUUCAUCCGGUGGUCCCUGGUCGUCGGCCUUAUUGCCGCAUCGCACAGGGUUAGGGUUGUGGGGGUAGAAAAUUGAUGGAUCUGCAGUGCCGGCGUGAUGAAUGCGUCCACCCCAUACCAUUUCCUCUUGCAAAUUCACAUUGUACACAGCGAAGCAAUUCACUCUCUUGAGCCCAACAAUAAAU